AUGGGAGGCAUCCUCAUGGGUUUACCACCUCCACCCAAAGUCUUCUCCGCCGCGUUCUCUCUUAUUACCAGUCAACUCUCUCAAUCGCCUGCCAUAUCUUUCUUCCAAGCCUAUUCCACCCCCCUCACGCUUCCCAUAGACCUCUUCCCCACCUCCAAGAGAUUAGACAUCUCUCCUUGAUUCCCAUGGUCCCCUUCUUCCUCAGUUGUUCUUUCUGCUUUUAUUCUCUAGCUUCAGUUUGAGCAUCUUCUCGACUGCCACGGUCUCCAAAACCUAUCGAAAUCCCCUUUUCCGCGUUUUUUUCUUAUGCAAUUUUGGCCCUGUUUCGCCUAUGUUCUUGUGGGGCAAUAAAAGAGACACCUUUUCACGGGAGAGGAAGGAGAUGGAGCAGCAGCAGCAGCAGGGGAAGGGGCGGGGGCCGCGGUUGGAGCGGCGGAACGCGGGGAAGAACAUCGAGUACGAGGUGGCGGCAGCGGCGGUCAGCGGCGUGUCCUGGUCCCCCUUCGACUCGACGGACGAGUCCUCUGGCCUCCGCACCUCCCGAUCGCUGGACCUCCCGCCGUCGUCGUACUCGAACCAGACGAGUUUCCGAAUUGGGGGCAGCGUCGAGGGCGAGGUCGACCUCAUCUGCCGCAGCCUCGGGUUGACGGGACCGGAGGACUUCGCCAUCCCCGUCACCGCCUGGAAGGCCCGCAAGGUCCGAUCCCCCUCCGACCUCCUCCCGAGAUCCCGCCUCCUCCGCCCGGAUAGCCCCGCCCUUCAAGAUCCCACCUUUGCCCCGAAUUCUUCUCCUGCCGAUGCCGAUCCCCCCAAUGUGCCGGCUGAAGAAUCCGUCGGCCGGCAGGAUGUGGAGGAAGUUCCAGGCGAGCCUGACAGGCCCGUGGCUGAAAGCAAGGUUCUUGAUGAUGAAAAGCCGAAGAAUUUGACUCCGUCUCCGGUCGUAAAAGGAGGGGAUGGAGGAAUUAGAGGUGUUCGACCUCCAGUUCUUGCUCCUCCCCCGGUAAUUUCAACUCUUUCCCCUCCACCAGGGAGGGGGGUGCUGGCACUGCCUCCAUCAAUGUCAAUUCCUGCCAUUGACAGCGGAGACUCGACUUGGGAUAUACUGAGGUCUUUUGCUCCUGAUGAAGACAACAAUGAUUUUGGUUCGGAAGGGAGGAGAAGGAGAUCCUUCAACUCGGACGAGGAUGAGGAAGAAGAAGCUGCUCCUGCAGGAGGAGAGGUUGCAGGGGAGGAAUUGAGGCUGGGGGAGACAUCUGAGGACUUUACUGGGACAUCGUCAUACUCCACCAUGAAUGAUGACGACGCCUCCAGCACAACUACGGAAACAAUGUUCAUCAUCUCGCCGAAUGGCAAGUUCAAAAGGAGGAUCAGGUCAUGGAUGCGGGGUGGGCUCCUUGGGAGUGGUUCAUUUGGCAUGGUGUAUGAAGGGAUCAGCGAUGAGGGUGUAUUUUUUGCUGUUAAAGAAGUAUCUUUGCUUGACCAAGGAAGCAAUGCCCAGCAAUGUAUUCUUCAGCUUGAGCAGGAGAUUGCGCUUUUAAGUCAGUUCGAACAUGAAAACAUAGUUCAGUAUUAUGGAACAGAUAAGGAAGAUUCCAAACUGUAUAUCUUCAUUGAGCUUGUUACUCAAGGAUCUCUUGCAUCUCUAUAUCAAAAGUACCGUCUGCGCGCUAGUCAAGUCUCUGCAUUUACCAGGCAGAUCUUAAACGGUUUGAAGUAUCUUCAUGACCGAAAUGUGGUGCACAGAGAUAUUAAAUGCGCUAACAUUUUGGUUCAUGCAAAUGGAUCUAUAAAACUCGCUGACUUUGGAUUGGCUAAGGAGAUAACCAUGUUCAACAUGCUGAAAUCAUGCAAAGGAAGUGUGUACUGGAUGGCUCCAGAGGUUGUUAAUCCUAGAAAAACAUAUGGGCCCCCAGCUGAUAUAUGGAGCCUUGGGUGCACUGUCUUGGAGAUGUUGACACGUCAGAUUCCUUAUCCAAAUCUCGAGUGGACACAAGCUUUAUUUAAGAUUGGCCGUGGCGAACAACCUCCUAUUCCGAACAACUUGUCGAGAGAUGCCCGUGAUUUUAUCAGUCAAUGUGUGAAACUAAACCCAGAUGAACGUCCAUCUGCUGCUCAACUAUUAGAGCAUCCAUUUGUGAUGAGAUCUCUGUCAUCUUCUUCUGGAUCCGAUUCCUCUGCACGUAGUAAUGAUGGAUGGAAUUAACUGAAAGUGAGAACCAACACUCGGCUAUGACUAGGCUGUUUCAUUCUGGUGUCCCCCCAAUGAUAUUGCUGGCUUUAGGUUGUUAAAUUUUUGUUUUUGAGAUGACCAUCUGAAGAUAAAGCAGAUAAUUGCAAGUUCCUGUGCAAAUGGGUGCACCGGAGACUAGACUGGAUUCUCUCCUGAUUUACAAGCAGAUUCUUGGCAGGCGACGAAUAAUUUUCUGUUUCCUUGGUGUAGGAGCUUCAGCAGUAGUAUGAUUUUUUUAAAUAAUUUUUUUUUGGGAUAGUUUUGGUGUGUUUUGGUUCGUAUCCGUCCAAAGUUGGUCAUGUAUUUGGGCUCAGAAGGAGAAAAGUUGAUACGCACCCAAAUUUGGGUGUGAUGAAUAUAUGAUUAUUAUGUAAAAUAUGUAUUUAUUGAAGUAUUUUCUGCAAGGCUAUGUUUGCUUGGUAAACAUUUUAGAGUCUUCUCGUGUUGGGAAUAUAAAAGUGCUUGCCUGCUUAUGAUUUUA